CAGUUGAAUCAUCUUUGUGAAUUGAAGUGUUACUCAGCCUUUAUUUUAAUUUAUUUAUUUAUGAAUAGAAGAAACUAAUAAUAAGUACAUAAGUUUCCAAUAUUUUAUAGAAGAUCAAAGUUCUUUAAGAAUCAUUUGUUGCUUUUCAUAUUUUAAAUAUAUUAUGAGAAUAGCUUAAUCCACAAACAACAGAGAAUUUUAGAAUGAGAACUUUUAUAUUUGCCUUUGUCAUUCAUAUUUCGAUAUUUGGAUCCAUAAACUCACAAUAUCAGUUUAACAACCAGUUUCAAUUAAAUCCAUACAAUAUUUUUGGUCAAUUUGGCUAUAAUCAACAAAAUCAGCGACCAACAACUCAACAGAUAUAUCGACCGAACAACCAGCAAAAUAUUUACUAUCCGCAAUCCAAUUUAUAUUAUCCACAAAAUACCCAAACUAAUCGUCCGCCUGUACAAACAAGUCCUCAUCCAAAACUUCGUUUAAGUGAAACAAAAUGCAGUGAAUAUUUGAAAAAAGCUCAAAAUUCUGUCUUAGUAGGUUCUCUUUCCUUAAUACCAAACAUUCAAGGCAUUCAAACUGAUAAUUGUGAUGCAAGUCAAGGCUUGAUAAUCGGUGGAGAAAAUGCAAAGGCUGGUGAAUUUCCUCAUAUGGCAGCUAUUGGAUAUAAAAAUUUGGACAACAUUGUAAAUUUUAAGUGUGGUGGAUCAUUAAUCUCUGAACAAUUUGUUUUAACUGCUGCACAUUGUAGAACUGCUGGACGUGAAAAACCUUCAGUUGUUCGUCUUGGAGACUUAAAUCUAAAAAUUCGAGAACAGAAUUCACCAGAAAAGGAUGUAGCAAUUGCUUCAUUUAUAAGUCAUGAAAAAUAUGAUCCAAACAAAAGUAAAAAUGACAUUGCUGUUGUGAAACUUGUGAGCAAGGUGACACUUUCAAAAGAUAUUCGACCAGCAUGUCUAAUGGUACCAACAAAUACUGCCAACAUUCAAAAAGCUAUUGCUAUUGGAUUUGGAUUAACUGAAGCUUUUACAGACCAUACAUCAGACAUUAUGCAGAAAGUUGAACUGCCCGUAAAAGACUUACAAUCCUGUCGAAGACUUCUUGACGAUCAGACUAUAGACGAAUCGCAAAUUUGUGCUGGAGAUAGUGGAAAAGAUACAUGCCAGGGAGAUUCAGGAGGUCCACUUCAAAUAGUAUCAACAAAAAAUAAAUGUGUUUAUAUCAUAAUUGGAAUAACAAGUUUCGGAAAUACUUUCUGUGGAGCAGAAGAUUCUCCUGGCGUAUAUACACGUGUUUCAUAUUAUCUGGACUGGAUUGAACAGAAAGUUUGGGGAUCUGGAUAGAAUAAUGUGCAAUCUUGUUACUUAAAGUUUUAAAAUAAUAACUUAUUAAUAUUAGUUUGAAGUUUGAAUUUCACUUCUCUCUAGUUCUAAUUCUCCUCAAAAUGUGUGCUUUUACUAAUUGUUC